CUGUAAUUAUACGCUAUGACCCGAAAUUUCAAAUCGAAUAAACACACACACAGAGACACAGAGUAAGGAAGCAGCUAUCAAGUAUGAUGCUUACCGGAGAUACGCCACCUAAUCAGACCAUUUACAUUAAAAAUCUCAACGAAAAGCUCAACAAAGAUGAGUUGAAGAGAUCUCUGUAUGCAUUGUUCUCGCAGUAUGGGAGAAUUUUGGACAUCGUUGCUUUGAAGACGACUAAGCUUAGGGGCCAGGCAUGGCUUGUUUUUAGUGAAGUUACGGCUGCCAGUAAUGCAGUUCGGCAGAUGCAAAAUUUCCCUUUUUAUGAUAAACCUAUGCGUAUACAGUAUGCAAAAGCCAAGUCAGAUUGUGUUGCUAAAGAAGAUGGUAGUUUCGUACCAAAAGAUAAGAAAAAGAAGCUGGAGGAAAAAGCUGAAAGAAAGAAACAAGAGGCACAGCCUGCUGGCACCAAUGGAGUGAGAGCUGGCACUAACGGAGGCCCUAUGGGAUCCCACCAAGGUAAGCCGGGUGCACAAGACACUGCUACAGCUCCGAACAAUAUACUGUUUAUACAGAACCUGCCACACGAGACAACAGAUAUUAUGCUGGAAGUUCUCUUCAAGCAGUAUCCUGGAUUUAGAGAAGUCCGCAUGAUUGAUGCCAAGCCAGGCAUUGCCUUUAUAGAAUUUGAGGAUGAGAACCAGUCCCUCGUUGCCAUGGAGGCGCUUCAAGGCUUCAAAGUCACCCCACAGAAUCCCAUGGCAAUUACUUAUGCUAAGAAGUAAAACAGUCUACCUUAAAUCUUUUCAUCCUCUGGGCUGGGAAAUGCAUACUUCGAAGAAUGUGAUGACUAAAAUUUGGUAGAUGUAGCUUUAUUUGUGGAUGUUUCGACUAUUAGUCUGGAUGAUUAUAGCAUGAAACUGUGAGUCAACUGUAUCUGUUAAUUCUAUUGGAAUUUCAAUCAAAGUAGAUUUUAUACAAGUGA